AUGAAGAUUAGUCUGAAAGAGCAGGUUAUCCUCAUCUACGGUGGACUCCGUGGAGCUGUGGCCUUCUCAUUGGCUAUUCUUAUUGACUACAAUCAUCUCGGACAUGAUGGGGAAGAUAUUCGAAAAAUAAUAAUCACGGCCACACUGUUUAUCAUUUUGGUAACAGUGGGCUUUAUGGGCCUGACCAUGAAACCCCUGGUUCGUCUUUUCAAAAUCAAACUUGCUGGUGAUAAGAAUCUAAGCCUCUUUGGGGACCUGAACGAUGCCCUGCUGGAUCACACCCUCGCCGGUGUUGAGGCCAUUAUAGGUUCACAUGGCCGUAAUCGAGCACGUGAAUUCUUCAGCCGUCUGGACGACAAGUAUUUCCCCUCGGAUCUGAAUUUACAGGAGUUCUUCUUGAGGCACUCGGCCAGCGCUAGCUCGCUGCCAAGCAGAGACUCAGAGGAACAACAGAAGCAGCAGGAAGAGCAGGAGCAUCGGCAUCGGCAUCAUCACAGAGAUCGACACAGGUCGGUACACUUUGAUGAAGAUGCUGGUGAGGAUCAGCCGAAAUCUGUUGAUCCUCAUUGGCGUCGACGCACAAGUCUGCUCAACGAGGGUAGGGACAUUGAGGACUUCCAGGACAGCUUCCGCGACGUCAUGAAAGCCAAGACGCGGGUGCUGAAACAGCGUCGCCGGCGACCCAACAGGACGUCUAUGGAUCUCGAAACUCGGCUCAACACUAUGGCCAACCAGCGAAUCCCAACACGAGAACGGUUGAGCAAAUCGACGGGGACAGAGACUGCUGAGCAAGAUGAGCAGAAUCGGGACACCGUGGAGUACGAGAAUGAUUCUGAUGAGUCAGGCGAUGCCAUCGUCAUACCAAAGAAAGACUAUCCCCGAGAGAAGGGAUCCUCAAGCACAAUCGAUUUCCACCUCGGAGAUGACGAGCAGUGA